AUGGCGCUCGGCGCGGCGCUGCCGCUGCUGCUCCUGCCUCUGCUCUGCCUGCCUCGCGUUUUUGCAGGUUUAUGUAUUUCUCUGGAUCAGCCAAGUCUUAGCAUCCAGAAAGAUGUCCUCACAAUAACUGCAAAUGCUACUCUCAAUAUUACUUGCAGUGGUCAGCGAGCGCUGGACUGGUUCUGGCCCAACAACCAGAGCAGCACCGAGAAGCGAAUCGCGGUGACAAACUGCAGCGAUGGUCCCUACUGUAAGACACUUACCCUUCUAAAAGUAAUAGGCAACGACACAGGAGAUUACAGGUGCCUUUACAGGGAUAACCAGGCAGCUACCACCAUUUAUGUCUAUGUUCAAGAUUAUAGAUCUCCGUUUGUGACUUCAGUGAGUGAUCAGCUUGGCAUUGUAUACAUCACUAAGAAUAAAACAGUGCUAGUACCAUGCCUUGGAACUGUAUCAAAUCUCAAUGUAUCUCUACAUGCGAGAUAUCCCGAGAAAAUAUUUGUUCCUGAUGGUAAAUCAAUUUCAUGGAAUAAUAAAAAAGGCUUCACUAUACCCAGUCAUUUAAUCAACUAUGCAGGCAUGGUCUUCUGUGAAGCUAAAAUAAAUGAUGAAAGUUACCAGUCUGUGAUAUACAUAGUUGCAGUUGUAGGAUACCGAAUUUAUGACCUAACUAUGAGCCCACAUUACCAAGUAGAACUGGCAGUGGGAGAAAAGCUGGUUCUGAAUUGUACUGUAAGGACGGAGCUGAAUGUGGGGAUUGAUUUUAAAUGGGACUACCCUUCGAUCAAGGAAAAGCGUGCAACCAUAAGGGAUUUAAAAACCACUGCAGGAGAAGUGAAGAAAUUUGUAAGCACUCUUACCAUUGACAGCGUUUCCUUAAGUGAUAAAGGUCGAUACACUUGUGCAGCAUCCAGUGGACGUAUGAACAUGAAAAACAGUAGUUACUUCGUUAUCCAUGAAAGACCUUUUAUCCAUCUGGAGAAAAUGGAGAACGUGGUUGAGACAAAGAUAGGUGAUACAGUCAAAAUUCCUGUCAGGUAUAAAGGAUAUCCUCCACCAGAGGCAAAAUGGUAUAAAAAUGGAAAAUCCAUGAAUGCAAAUCACACAGUUAAACUUGGCUACACGUUAAUAAUCAACGAAGCAACUGAGAAAGACUCUGGGAAUUAUACUGUUGUACUUACAAACCCCACUAACAAGUUGCAAAAGAUGCAUACAUUCAGCGUCCUUGUAAACGUCCCUCCUCAGAUCGGUGAGAACGCGUUGCUGGCACCCGUCGACUCCUACAAGUUCGGUUCCACUCAGACACUCACCUGCACUGUCUACGCCGUCCCUCCUCCCACAACCGUCCUGUGGUACUGGCAGCUGGAGGAGGAAUGCACUUUCAGCCCCCAAAAAGUUCGCUCCGGAGCCAAUCCAUAUUCAUGCAGGAAAUGGAAAGUGAUCUCAGAGAAAAAGGGUGGGAAUCAGGUUGAAAUUAAACAUCGAGUUGUUACCAUUGCUGGGAAAAUGAAGACUGUGAGCACCCUUGUGAUUCAAGCAGCAAAUGUGUCUGCUUUGUACAGAUGUACAGCUACAAACAAGGCUGGGUCAAGUGAGAGAGUUAUCUCCUUUCAUGUGACCAGGGGUCUUGAAAUUAAUCUCCAGCCCCGGAAUCAGCUCACAGAGAAGGAUAACAUGUCCCUGCAAUGCACAGCAGACAAAUUCACCUUUGAGAAUCUAUCGUGGUACAAACUCCGUGCUCACGCCUCGCAGACGCCCUUUGGAGGGCUACCCAUGCCUGUUUGCAAGAACCUUGAUGCUCUUCAGAAGUUGAACGCGACGGUUUCAAAUACCAAUGGUGAAAACGUCACCCUGGAGCUUAUCCUCCRUAACAUCUCUCUCCAGGAUGCAGGGGACUACGUGUGUAUUGCUCAGGACAAAAAGGCUAAAACACAGCACUGCCUGGUCAAGCAUCUCACUGUUCAAGAGCCCAUGGCACCCACACUCAUCAGAAAUCUGGAAAAUCAAACAACAAACGUUGGUGAAACUAUAGAAGUAUCAUGCACAGCAAAUGGCAUUCCUCCUCCCAACAUCGUGUGGUUUAAAAAUAAUGAAACACUUGUGGAAGAUUCUGGUAUUGUUUUGAAAGAUGGAAAUAAAACAUUAACYAUACGUCGAGUGAGGAAAGAAGAUGCCGGGCUAUACACCUGCCUUGCUUGCAAUGUUCUUGGAUGCAAAAAAGCAAUGGCUUUCUUUACAGUGGAAGGCGCUGAAGAGAAAACAAACCUGGAGCUCAUUAUCCUAGUUGGCACUGCAGUGAUUGCCAUGUUCUUCUGGUUGCUUCUUGUAAUCAUCCUUCGGACCGUUAAGCGGGCCAAUGGAGGGGACAUGAAGACUGGCUACUUGUCAAUCAUAAUGGAUCCUGAUGAAGUCCCUAUAGACGAGCACUGUGAACGGCUCCCGUAUGAUGCCAGCAAGUGGGAGUUUCCCAGGGACCGGCUGAAGCUGGGCAAACCUCUUGGACGUGGAGCUUUUGGCCAGGUGAUAGAAGCAGAUGCUUUUGGGAUUGACAAAACUGCAACCUGCAAAACAGUGGCAGUCAAAAUGCUUAAAGAGGGUGCAACUCACAGCGAGCACAGGGCACUUAUGUCRGAGUUGAAGAUUCUCAUUCAUAUUGGUCAUCACCUAAAUGUUGUCAAUCUACUUGGAGCUUGCACAAAACCAGGAGGGCCGCUGAUGGUGAUUGUGGAAUAUUGCAAGUUUGGAAAUUUGUCAGCUUACCUACGGAGCAAGAGGAGUGAAUUUGUUCCAUACAAGACUAAGAGUGCCAGGUUUAGGCAGGGCAAAGAGAACUACGUUGGUGAUAUCUCUGCAGACCCAAAGCAACGGUUGGACAGCAUCACAAGCAGCCAGAGCUCAGCAAGCUCUGGGUUCGUGGAAGAGCGGUCCCUGAGUGAUGUGGAAGAAGAGGAUGCUGGUCCUGAAGAUGUUUGCAAGAACCCUUUGACCAUGGAGGACCUCAUCUGUUACAGCUUCCAGGUGGCAAGGGGAAUGGAGUUUCUGGCUUCACGCAAAUGCAUCCACAGGGACUUGGCUGCUCGUAAUAUCCUCUUGUCAGACAAUAAUGUGGUCAAAAUCUGUGAUUUUGGCUUGGCUCGAGACAUCUACAAAGACCCAGAUUACGUCAGGAAAGGAGAUGCAAGACUGCCCCUAAAAUGGAUGGCGCCAGAAACCAUUUUUGAUAGAGUGUACACCAUUCAGAGUGAUGUAUGGUCUUUUGGAGUUCUGCUCUGGGAAAUAUUCUCAUUAGGUGCUUCACCCUAUCCUGGAGUGAAAAUUGAUGAGGAAUUUUGCAGAAGGCUGAAAGAAGGAACAAGAAUGAGAGCGCCAGACUAUACAACACCAGAAAUGUACCAAACGAUGCUGGAUUGCUGGCACGGAGAUCCUAAACAAAGGCCAACUUUUUCUGAGCUAGUGGAACACUUGGGAAAUUUACUGCAAGCCAAUGUCCGCCAGGAUGGAAAAGACUACAUUGUCCUUCCUUUGUCAGUAUCACUGAAUAUGGAAGAGGAUUCAGGGCUCUCUCUCCCAACUUCACCUGCUUCCUGUAGGGAGGAAGAGGAAGUCUGUGAUCCUAAAUUCCAUUAUGACAACACAGCAGGAAUUAGUCAGUACCGACAAGGUAGCAAAAGAAAAAGCCGACCUGUGAGUGUGAAAACUUUUGAAGAUGUCCCAUUGGUAACUACAGUAAAGGUUGUUCAGGAGGAAAACCAGACAGACAGUGGGAUGGUUCUUGCAUCUGAAGAGCUGAAGACACUGGAAGAAAGAGAUAAACAAGUGAAAAUACCCUUUAGCGUGCUGGUGCCCAGCGAGAGCAACGAGUCCGUCAUGUCGGAAGCUUCCAACCAGACGAGCGGCUACCAGUCCGGCUACCACUCGGACGACAUGGACCCCGCGGUCUAYUCCAGCGAGGAGACGGAACUGCUGUGCGGCCGGGAGGCGCCGCUGUGCCGCGCGCAGCCGCUCGCCCUGCCYGCCCCGCCGCUCUAGGGCGGCGC